UCCUCCUUCCCCCCCCCCCCCCCAUAGCCAAGCUCCACCGGCCGGCUCGCACAAGCUUCACUUCGGGCUACACUUUUCAGCUUCUCCGGUCCCGCUCGCUCGCUCGCUGACCCCUUUUUUGGAAGACCGGGCGCUCUGUCUGUCUCUCUGCCCCCCCCCCCCACGUCAUGGAAGCUCUCGCCGGGCGCGUCAAGGUGUAGCAGGACGGAGGAGUCGCCAUGGAACCCGACGUCAUCCGCCUGUACUCGUCGUCCCCGCCGCCCAUGGAGGACGGCGAGGAGGAGGACGAGGACGAGUUUGGUGACUUCGGCGCCUUCUCGACCGUGUCGUCCAGUGUCAGCUUCGGCGAGCUGGACGCAUCAGGACACGCUUCCUUCAACCAGAUGCACGCACUGGAUGCCACCUCGCCGCCUGAGCUCCCCAACGGCCUCGCCACCGUGCCGGUAACGUGCCGCGAGACCAAGGCCAACGGUGUGGUGCCUGGAAGCCACCCGGCGCUCGUCCGAAGCCACGACUGGUCUGACGUGAAGAGACCACCGGACUCUGAUGUCACAGGCGGCGAGAUCAUCACCAACGGAUUCACGGCCUCGGACGUCAAGCCGGGUCCACAAACAUUUGUCCGCAGUAAUGUCAGCGACAGUCGAGAGUCAGAGUUUGCUGAUUUCGCUGCUUUCUCGGACGCCGGAUGCCAGCUCGGUGCCAUGCACAGUCCAGGGCACGGAGACUGUGUCCACCAGGGAUGCGUUUCGGAGUACGCAGACGGAACCAGACCUGACUCUGAGGCCACGCCUCUUCCUGCGUCAGGUGAUAUGCAGCCAGACGCCAAACGAAGGGAUGCUGACUUUGCACACGACACAGUCACAACUUGCACAAACCAAUCUUUUGACGCCACUGGCGACCAGGCAGAUGGUGGUGCCUGUGUCGAUGGCGUCCACAAUGAUUGCAUCUGUCUCGAUGGGGUCGAUGGCACGUGUGUUGAAGGCAACUGUCUCGAUGGUGUCGAUAAUCUCAGUGACAAUGCCGUUAGUGUAGAAAGUGUCCGCAAUGAUGGCAGUGGUCUGGAUGGUGUCUGCGUCGAUGGCCCCCGUUUUGAGGUCGUCGUCUGUGUGGAAGGUGCCCGUGUCUGUGUCGAUGGCGUCUCUUCUCCCGUUGCUGGCAAUGGCGAUAGCCUGCUGUCAGACGGGAGGACCUCGGAGACGGAAACGGAGACGUCGUUAGGCCGUCCUUUGUCCACGGACGCCCUGGAGGAGUAUGGCGACGUUAGUACGACGGGCUCUGCGCCAUCGCCUCCGCCACUCCAGGAAGAGAAUGCCACCCCCGCUGACCACAGCCAGCUGGAUGAGGACGAGGAGUUUGGGGACUUCGGAGACGCGGGCUCGUUCGGCGAGCAGGCCUUUACGGACUUUAACCACCAAGAAGCGUGUCUGCUGCAAACCCACGAUGACUUUGGCGACUUCAACGUGCCCACAUUGGAUGCUAAUGACGAGGGAGGAGCCUCUUUUGCCUAUUUCUCAGCUGCUGCCGAAGCAGGAUGGAACGCGUUCGAAGAGGCAGAGCAUGCGGCACAAGCGGCGGAAGCUGAGUUGACGACGGGUGAAUCGUGGGCGGCGUUCAGCUCAGAGGACGACAGCCCUCCUGCUGGGGCCACCGAUGAGGCGUGGUAUCAGGCGGAAACUUCCACCGUGGACCAGGAUAACAGCAAACAGAUGGAGGCGCCGUGGAGUCGAGUGGAGAAGUUGUUGGAGAUGAGCUUCCCUCAGGCCACAGGCCCCUCCCCUGCUGUGGAGGAGCAGGUGGUGUCGCUCAAGACGCUUGUGGAGGCCCGGGCGGACGUCAGCAGCGCGCUCCAUGGCGGCGUGUGGUCGCAACUUCAAGACAUCCACGAGGCAGUGGGCCUCAGACACCAGUGGGGGGGCUCCUACUGCAACAAAACUCUGCUCGGCUGCCUCGGCAUCGACACGCGGAACAUUCUGUUCACGGGACAGAAGAAGCAGCCGCUCAUCGUGCCCGUCUACGCCGCCAGCCUGGGCAUGUUGGAGCCCACCAAAGAGCCUGUGAAGCCCAUCUCGGCCGCUGAGAUAAUCGCCUCCAUCGCACAAGCACCAGCGGCAGCUCCGGACAGCAAAUCCUGCCCCUCAGAUGCUGUCCAGGAAGUUCUCCCCCCCGUCCAGUUUGACUGGAGCAGCAGUGGCCUUACCAACCCUUUGGACGCCAGCGGCGGCUCCUUCCUGCUAAACCUGGACUUCUUUGGUCCCGUGGACGACUCUGGCUCGUCCUGCUCGCCCGCCAUUCCAGGCGUGGACCCCGAGCUGGUGGAGCUGACCACAGCCAAGAUGGACUCCAGCGGCGCCGGCAGCCGCGUGGUCGACGCCUUCGCCCGCCUCAUGUCCACCGUGGACAAGACCAGCACCUCCACCAGGAAGCCGCGCAAGGACGAGAAGCUGAGUUCGGAGGCGGCCGAGGUGAUCUGCGGCCUUCCCGACUUGUCCUUCAUGCAGGCCAAGGUUCUGAUGUUCCCCGCCACGCUCACGCCGCUCGCCUGCCAGGCCACACCCCCGGACUGAAGACGGAACGCCACGCCUGCCUGCCCGCAGGUUCCAGCUGACGGCAGCCCUUUUUUUUUUCUUACAUUCUAUCAUACUUUUAUUUUGAUUGAAAGCAUUUAUCAUGGGGGCUGGUGGCUUUUUAGAUGGCAUCUCAGCUUGCGUGCUGGUGUGGAUAUAAUCAGGGAAGGAAAGCAAACAAACGUUGAUGAUCAAUAGUCAAUCAAUCAAUCAAUGCGCGGAUCUAUUUAUGAACUUCCUGCUGCUGACGGCACUUUGAAUGUCUCCACGUGGGCGUGCGUGCGUGCGUUUGUCGUCAAUGAAGGGACCAAUUAGUGUGCGUUUAGUAUGUGUGUGUAUUUAGUGUGUUGAGGACUUUGCACACACUGAAGAUGAAAUGGAUGUAAAAAGUGGUCACUGCGUAAUCAAAACAAUUCCUAUGGAAGAAAAAACGAGAUGGAAGCACUGGAAAUGGCACCCACCCGGGAUCCUUUUGCGUGUGUGCGUGCGUGUGUCAACUUGACUUUUAGUCUACAGAAAUUAAACUAAUUUAAGAGAAAAGCUAAUGUUGUCGCC